UGCCAGAGCAACAAGAAAAGGAUGCGUUAACGGCUGCCACUGCGAUUAAUUAAAGCACUAAACUACAAUAUAAUUUAAUAUCUUAAUUAUAAUUAGCAGGUCCAACCUAAAAUGCGAAAAGACUUGUCGCUUUAUCAACAAGCAAACAAAAACAAAGCGAUAAAGCAAUAAAGAGAGAGCAGCGCUCAAAGCGUACAAUGAAAGCGAUGCAGCAGCAGCAGAAGCAUAAGGAGAGGAGACGGCGAAGAGAACAACAAAGAGAUUGAGCGUGAGAGUGACACUGAGAGCGUUGACGCUGUAAACUGCAGUGUCAGUAGUUGGCAGAACUGAGGCGUAGCUCACAGCAAGUGGAAGCAAUUUUAAGGCAGCAUAAAAUGCCACGCCCAGUGCUAUUGAUACACGGCGGAGCCGGAGACAUAACGGACUCUCGCAUAGCCGGCAAGUUCAAGGGGAUUAAAGAGGCACUGCGGGCAGCAUGGGAGAAACUGGAGCCGUCGUCAAACGCACCUGGCAAUGCAUUGGACGCCGUUGAAACGGCCGUGCGUUCCAUGGAGCUGGACGAGGCGUUCAAUGCGGGCUACGGUGCGUGUCUAAACACCGCCGGCGAAGUUGAAAUGGAGGCCAGCUUAAUGGAGGGGCGAGAUCUGCGCUCCGGGUGUGUCACCUUGCUGCGCGAUGUCAUGCAUCCAAUUACCGUGGCACGCCGGCUAAUGGAGAGGAAACGACAUGUCUUUCUAGGUGGUGAAGCUGCCUUGGAGCUGGCACUGAGCACAGGCAGCGAGAGAUUGCCUCCAGGCGCUCUGAUCACGGAGAGCGCUCGGCAAGCAUUGCGGCAGUUUAAGGAACAGCAGGCGGCGGGUGCGGACACCACAUACGCACGCACCGAGCUGGAUGAGGCACGCACCGAUCCGAAGGGAGACACUGUCGGCGCUGUUGCCAUUGACUUGGAUGGUCACAUUGUCGUGGGCACAUCGACGGGCGGCAUCACGGGCAAGUGGCCAGGACGCAUUGGCGAUACCCCGCUGCUCGGCUGUGGCACCUAUGCUGACAACACCAUUGGCGGUGUCUCUACCACCGGACAUGGUGAGACAAUAAUGCGCUACAAUCUUGCCCAGCGCAUUCUUGGCGCCAUUCAGCAUCAGGGACUCUCGGCCCAAGCGGCUGCCGACCAGGAGUGUCAACGGAUGACAAAGCGUAUUGGCGGCACCGGUGGCGCCAUUGUCAUUGACCAUAAUGGGCAAGUGGGCAUCAGUUUCACUUCCCGCCGCAUGGCCUGGGGCUAUGUACAGGAUGGCAUUAUUCACUACGGAAUCGAGCACAACGAAGUGCUCCAAGAGCCACUUGUGCCCAUAAAUGAAUGAACAACUUAACAUUACAAUCCGAGAUCACAAAUAAUGAUUAUUUUCUAUUGUUAAAUUCAAAAAAUCAACGUCAAGAAAGAAAGAUACAAGAAAAAGAAAAAUGUUCUAAUGAUUCUUCCAAUGAUAUCUUAUUAUUGAUUUUUAUGGACCUUCAUCAAUGAUAAUGAUUAUUUUUCAGUAAUUUUAUAGAAA